AUGAAGAGUCCCCAGCCCAAAGCCAAAGGGAGGAUCCACCCGUCGCCGCCGUGGUCGGGGCCAUCCGACGCACAGGCGGUGCUGAAGCUGCUGCCGGCGGCGAUCGCGGCGGUGACGGCGGCGCUGGGGGCGGAGGACAGGGAGGUGCUGGCGUACCUGGUGGCGCGGUCGCUGCUGGGGCCGUGGCCGGCGGAGGUGGAGGAGGAGGAGAAGCGGCGGUGCUGGCGGCGGGGAAGCCACCACCGGCCGCUCUUCUGCUGCGGCUGCUUUGACUGCUACACGAGCUACUGGCUGCGCUGGGACUCCUCCCCCGACCGCGAGCUCAUCCACCAAGCCAUCGAGGCCUUCGAGGAGCAGCUCGCUGGCGACGAGCGGCGCCGCGACCGCCUCGGCCGCAGAGGUGGCGGGCGGAGGGAUCGAUCGAAGAAAGGGAAGAGCGAGGCGAGGAAGGAAGGAACAAGCGUGGAGAAGGUGGGAGACAGAGGGGAUACGGCGGCGGCGGCGGCGGCGGAGGCGUUGGUGGAGCAGGUCGGUGCCGGAGAUGACGCCGCCGGCGAGGAGCUGGCAGCGGUGACAGUGGCGGUGGCGGUGGCGGCGCCGGAGGGAGGUGAGAGGAAUCGGGGCUGGGCGGACGUGACGCUCUUCUUCAACUCCCGUUUUUGGAGCUUUUGGACUCCAGGCAUAUGA